GUCGUUCCGUUGUCAGCUGCCGCGUCGCCGUGGAAAUAUUAAAUUAAAAUUUGAAUAAAUGUUUAAGUGAAUUGUGAACUGCAAAUAAGGCCACAGAACUUGGCUGAUCCUGCCAUUGGAAACUCGCCGUUGAAGAUCAGGAGCUUGCAUCGGAAAAUAACGUCCGGAUAUUCCAGUUGGAUUUAUUGUGAAAUAAAAAUAUAUCAAUGAGCACCUCAGACAAUGACGGCUCAAGAACCCUUUAAAUCGACACUGUCGAUUAUCCUUGCGGUUUGCUGCUGGUCAUCGUCAGUCGCCAACGCAUAUCGGAACGUGCAACCGGAAGAGAACAGUUUCAGACGUGACAGCGUCGAGGCUAUUCCGGCUCGAAGUUAUGAGAAAACGGCCGCCUACACGCAGCAAGAUGUGUUUGGCACCAAAUCGCUACCGCUGCGCAGCGCCGUGGAAAGUACACCGGUGAAUUUAGUUGACGACCGAGUUCCGCUUCGAGAUGCUGUCGAAUUCCGUAUCCUUGAUAUGGAUAAUGCCAUUGAAGAAGUCAUAAGCGAUGUCAAGUCCGUGAUUUCUUCGGAAAAGCAGAGAGUUGAAUCAGGUGAAAACUUCGAUCAUCGUUCACCAGCCAAGCCAAUGCAUCACGACAAAUAUGCGGCUUACACCUUCCCGAUGCAAUAUGAUUCUAAAAAUCCGCAACCAUUUAGAUUCGGAUCUCCUUACCAGCAGUUGGUUGAUGCUAGUGCGAUUAGACAACCACCAGCUUUUAUGUACUACAAUCAGCCACAAAAGUUGUCUAAUUUCAAGCAAAGUAAUAGCGACUACAAAGUGAUUUGUCACAUGACUAAUUGGGCUUUCUACAGGAAGGAUGAUGCUCAGUUUGUCCCGGAGCAAAUCGAUAAUCGAUUGUGCACCCACAUUAUUUAUUCAUUCGCAUCUUUGGACCCCGCUAGCUUUCAAAUGAAAGAGUUUGAUCCUUGGGCCGAUAUUGAUAACAAUUUAUAUUCACGAACGGUGGCUGCUGGCGGUUCACAGGUUCCGGUUUUGUUGGGCAUUGGAGGAUGGACGGAUUCGGUUGGUGAUAAAUAUUCGACUAUGAUAGGCUCAUCCCAGAAGCGUCAAAAUUUCAUAAGUAAUGCUGCUAGUUUCUUAAGAUCGUACGGAUUUUCUGGUUUACAUUUCGAUUGGAACUACCCUGUGUGUUGGCAAAGCGACUGUUCGAAGGGACCUUCCAGUGAUAGGCCCAAUCUCACAAAACUAAUAAUGGAGAUGAGACGAGAGUUCGAUAAACACGGAUUGCUCGUUAGUAUGAGUAUUUCUGGCUAUAAAGAAGUGAUCAGUGAGGCAUACGAAGUAGCCCAAUUGUCCAAAAUAGUCGAUUUCAUGACUAUUAUGACUUAUGAUUACCAUGGCUCAUGGGAACCUGAAACAGGUCACGUGAGCCCACUCUAUGGAAUGACUGGUGAGAAAUAUCCACAAUACAAUGUUGAUUAUGCCAUGCAGCUGCUGGUGAAAAUGGGAGCUCAAAAAAAUAAGUUGAUCAUGGGAAUGCCUCUUUAUGGACAGUCCUUUACACUAACUCGCAGUAGGAAUGGAAAUGAUAUUGCAGGGGUUGGAAGCCCUGCCUCAGGUCCUGGUUACGCCGGUGAAGAUACUAGACAACCUGGGAUGUUGGCUUACUAUGAAAUAUGCCGAAGAGUGCGCAAACAAAAUUGGAAAGUUGGUCGUGACUCGUCACAACGUUUUCCGUAUGCCACUUGGAAGGAUCAAUGGGUUGGUUAUGAUGAUCCUGUUUCUGCAGCAUUCAAAGGGCAGUAUGUGAUGAAAAACGGCUUUGGAGGCAUAGCAGCAUGGACAAUUGAUUUGGACGAUUUCCAAAAUAUGUGCUGCGAAGAAAGAUACCCGGUAUUGAGCGCUAUUAAUCGUGCUUUAGGGCGACUCAAGACUCCUCAACCGAACAAUGUAGAUUGUACUCGACCAUCUAAACCAGUUACACCACCUCCAGCUGAAAUGACUACUCCUGUAGACAAUGGAGGAUGGGGUGGUGCUACCUCACAAUCCACGUCUUGGCCAUCAUGGCAAGAACCAACCACUACUAGAAGUACAACUACAAGCACAAGUACCACUACUACAACUACAACUGAACCAACAACGACGACAACCCGCCGAACAACGAGAAGAACGACCACUACGCCAAGGCCAACCACAACAACAACAUCUACAACAACCACUUCCGCACCUCCAACAACUACAGUCGGCACAACUAUUCCAGUUCCAGGACUCGUACAACCAGAACUGAUGGAGGGAGAACCUUGCGAACCUCACCAAUACAAAGCACAUCCAACCAGCUGUAAUUCAUACUAUCGUUGUGUGUACGGCGAGUUCAAGCAGCAGUAUUGCGCAGGAGGACUUCAUUGGAACGAUGCCGCAAAGCUUUGCGAUUGGCCAGCAUCAGCUAGGUGCACCAGAGAAUCAGAUGCUCCACCAACAUUCGAGGCUACUACAACCCAAGCUACCACAACAACUCGUCGUAGGAGAACAACUACUACUACUACUACAACGUCAACAGCACGACCAACCCGAUGGACAAGUGCCCGCCCUACCCAAUCGGCAAGCUAUCCUCGGCCUUCUAAAAAACCAGUCACGACAACCAAAAAACCGUUGCAAAGACCCACAGAAAAAUGUGUCAAUGGACAAUACUACCCGCAUAAGAGCUGCGACAGCUUCUACAUUUGCGUCAACGAAAAGAAGAUCGCUCAACAAUGCGGGCCGGGUUUGUUCUGGAGUCAGGAAGAGAAAAGCUGUGAUUGGGAAGAUAACGUAAACUGUGUAAGCAGAUCCCAAUACUACAAGCUCUUGGUAAAAUAUACGAAGAGCUCACCAUUCAAAGUUCUUUCGGAGAGUGAUCCUUGCGAUGGUCAUACCUACGUUGCCUACCCGGGUAACUGCAAUCAGUACUUGUAUUGUAACUGGGAUCGACUGGAAGUUGGCAGCUGUGCUGAAGGACUCCACUGGAAUCAGGACCGUAUGAUCUGUGACUGGCCAGCGAAUGCGAAGUGCCGACAGAAUACUCCUACUGAGGAUGUUGAUGGUGCAGAAGAAGGAGAUAUCGACGAGAUUGAUCAAAACAUAGACAGCCCUUCGAGUAGACCUACUACUUCGAGAACCACUACGACUACUACAACUACUACUGAAAUGCCCAUGUUGGAACCUCUAUCGGGAUACUACAAAAUGGUAUGCUAUUUCACUAAUUGGGCAUGGUAUAGGAAGGGUUACGGUAAAUAUACCCCGGAUCAUAUAAGGACGGACCUUUGUACACAUAUCGUGUAUGGGUUCGCAGUGCUUGAUUAUUCGUCUCUAACCAUUAAAACGCAUGAUUCAUGGGCAGACAUUGACAAUAAGUUCUACAGUCGAGUAGUGGCUGCCAAAGAAAAGGGCGUUAAGGUGACAUUGGCCAUAGGAGGUUGGAACGACUCAAUGGGCGAUAAGUACAGCCGCUUGGUAAGAAGUGCGGCCGCUCGUGCUCGUUUCAUAGAGCAUGUUGUUGAGUUCUUGGAAAAAUACGGAUUCGAUGGGUUGGAUUUGGAUUGGGAAUAUCCAGUUUGCUGGCAAGUGGACUGUAAAAAAGGAUUUGCGGAUGAGAAAGAAGGCUUCGCUAGUUUCGUGAAAGAACUAUCCGCAGCUUUUAAGCCGAGAGGCUGGUUGUUGUCUGCUGCAGUUUCACCUAGUAAAACUGUCAUCGAUGCUGGUUAUGACGUGCCAACUUUGGCACAAUACUUCGAUUGGAUUGCAGUUAUGACCUACGAUUUCCAUGGUCAGUGGGAUAAAAAGACUGGUCAUGUUGCACCACUUUACUACCACCCUGAGGAUGAAAUAGAUUUUUUCAAUGCGAACUAUUCAAUAAACUACUGGAUGGAAUUGGGUGCACCUUCAAGAAAAUUGGUCAUGGGAAUGCCGCUCUAUGGUCAAUCGUUCAUGCUCGCCGACGUCAAAAAUAAUGGACUGAAUGCCAAGGCACCUGGAGCUGGACAAGCCGGAGAAUAUACCCGUGCAGCAGGAUUUUUGGCUUAUUAUGAGAUAUGCGAUCGAAUUCAGAACAAAGAAUGGACGGUGGUGCACGAUGAGCUAAAGCGCAUGGGACCAUACGCUUACAAAGGCAACCAGUGGGUAUCGUACGACGAUAAGGAAACGCUUCUUCGGAAAGUUCAGUUCAUCAGAGCGAUGAAUCUAGGCGGCGGUAUGAUUUGGGCUUUGGAUUUGGAUGAUUUUAAAAAUCGAUGCGGUCAAGGGCAUCAUCCGCUCUUGACGGCCAUUCGUGAAGGUUUGAGAGAUGCUCCAAGUGGAGCUGAAACAACCCCAUCGAUUGUUGAAGUGCCUAGUAAAGAAGAAGCCAAGCCAGAACCUGUGAAAACAAGUGUUGUUCCGCCUGGAACAACAUCUACUGUCUUAUCUAAUGGACAACAAUACGUAUCAUCAAACGACGAUCAGGACGAAAAUUCUAUCGAAAAUGACUACGAUUAUAAGGUAGUUUGUUACUUCACUAAUUGGGCGUGGUACCGUCAGGGUAAUGGAAAAUACCUUCCCGAAGAUAUCGAUCCAGAACUAUGUACCCACAUUGUGUACGGAUUUGCGGUAUUGGACAGGGAUAAUUUGGUGAUUAAGCCUCAUGAUUCGUGGGCAGACAUCGACAACCGGUUCUACGAGCGUGUAGUGGAACUUAAACGGAAAGGAAAGAAAGUAACUGUUGCAAUCGGCGGUUGGAAUGAUUCUGCAGGAGACAAGUAUAGCAGAUUGGUAAGAAACGCUGCUGCAAGAAGUAAAUUCAUAGCCGAUGUUAUUGAGUUUAUCGAAAAAUGGGGCUUUGAUGGGCUUGACUUGGACUGGGAAUAUCCCGUUUGCUGGCAAGUUGAUUGUACCAAGGGCUUCCCCGAUGAAAAAGAAGGUUUCGCUAGUUUGGUUAUAGAACUUUCAGAAAAAUUCAAACCAAAAGGAUUGUUGUUAUCGUCGGCUGUUUCACCUAGUAAAAAGGUUAUUGAUGAAGGAUACGACGUAGUUUCCCUUUCAAAUUACAUGGACUGGAUUGCAGUGAUGGCUUAUGACUAUCACGGUCAGUGGGACAAGAAAACUGGACAUGUUGCGCCGAUGUAUGAGCAUCCUGAUGAUUUCGAUAAAACUUUCAAUGCCAACUUCACAGUGCAUUAUUGGAUUGAGCAAGGAGCUGAUCCCCGGAAGCUUGUUAUGGGAAUGCCAAUGUAUGGACAAUCGUUUUCUUUAGCAGAUAAUAAUGAUCAUGACCUUAACGCUAAAACCUAUGGAGGAGGUGAAGCAGGGGAAUCUACUAGGGCUCGCGGGUUCCUCUCGUAUUAUGAGAUAUGCAUGAAUAUCAGAAACAAACAAUGGACAGUAGUGCGAGACCGGAAGGGUCGGAUGGGACCGUACGCGUAUAAGGGAGACCAGUGGGUUUCAUUUGAUGAUCAGUUCAUGAUUCGUCACAAGAGUGAAUACGUUAAAGCCAUGGGCCUUGGUGGUGCUAUGAUAUGGGCUUUGGAUUUGGACGAUUUCCGAAACCUCUGCGAAUGCGAGGAAUAUCCUCUUCUUAGAACCAUUAAUAGGGUGCUACGAAACUAUCCUGGUCCCGGACCCAAAUGUAUUUUGAAGUCCGAUCCUGAACGUGAUGAACAGCGACCGACCAGCACGACUACAAGACGACCUACAGAAACGACUGAAAGACCCACUACGACUAUGCAUAAACGUACAACUAAAGCUACAAAAAGAACAACUACGACAACUCCACGCCCAGCCUAUACAGAACCACCUACUUAUCAAGAAGUUAUCGACAAUACAGAAGAGAAAAAAAGUUGCACUGAUGGACGCCUUUUCAUACCCCACAAGUCUGAUUGUAACAAAUACUAUAUUUGUCAGUAUGGAAAACUUUACGAACAAAGAUGCCCAGCUGGUUUAUACUGGAGCGGAGACCAUUGCGAUUGGCCUCAAAACGUUAACUGCCAAAAUAAGCAAUCGGAUACUCCAACCAGUACGAAGCGACCUGCUCAUGCAACUACACGUCCUACAACAACCCAAUCACCCCCAGCGUCUUCCACAUCUAUGGUUUGGUGGUCUCCGGACCCGACUACUACAACAACUAGAAAACCUGCGCGUCCUGUAAUCAAGGAUCCCGAAGUCGAACUUACAGGAAGUAAUGAAUACAAAGUCGUUUGUUACUUCACAAAUUGGGCGUGGUAUCGCCAAGGUGAUGGAAAAUACACGCCCGAUGAUAUAGAUGACAACUUGUGCACCCAUAUUGUAUACGGAUUCGCCGUUCUAGAUCGGGAAAGUUUAACUAUCAAAACUCAUGACUCUUGGGCGGACAUCGACAACCGGUUUUAUGAGCGAGUAGUUGAGCACAAACGGAAAGGAACGAAGGUUACGCUCGCUUUGGGUGGCUGGAAUGACUCAUUGGGAGAUAAGUACAGCAAUUUAGUGCGUAGUCCAUCGGCACGUGCUAGAUUCAUCAAACAUGCCGUUGAGUUCAUUGAAAAAUAUGAUUUCGAUGGGCUUGAUCUGGAUUGGGAAUAUCCGGUGUGUUGGCAAGUGGACUGUAAGAAAGGUUUCCCUGAUGAGAAGGAAGGUUUUGCAAACUUGGUCAAAGAGUUAGCAGUUGAAUUCCGUCCAAGAAAGUGGUUGCUAUCUGCGGCUGUGUCGCCUAGUAAAAUGGUAAUUGAUGCUGGGUAUGAUGUUCCGGUUUUGGCAGAAUAUUUCGAUUGGAUUGCAGUUAUGACCUACGAUUUCCACGGAAACUGGGACAAGCAAACGGGGCACGUUGCUCCUCUCUACUACUACCCUGGUGACACAUACGAUUAUUUCAAUGCUAAUUUCUCCAUCAACUACUGGAUUGAAAAGGGCGCUCCGCCUCAAAAAUUGGUAAUGGGAAUGCCAUGUUACGGACAAUCUUUCGCCUUGGCGGACAACAAUAAGAAUGGGUUGAAUGAAAAAUCAUACGGCCCAGGUGAGGCAGGCGAAUUCACAAGAGCGGGUGGUUUCUUGGCUUACUACGAAAUUUGUGAGAAGGUGAACCGUCACGGAUGGACUGUGACUCGUGAUCCGGAGGGACGUAUAGGACCAUACGCUCACCGUGGAGGACAAUGGGUUUCGUAUGACGAUGUCGACGAAAUCAGAAGAAAAACUCAGUAUCUGAAGCAGAUGAAGCUGGGAGGUGGUAUGAUCUGGGCGCUGGAUUUGGACGAUUUUAGAGGUCGUUGUGGAUGUGGGAAGCAUCCGUUACUGAGAACCAUGAACCAGGAGCUUGGAAGGAUAAGCACGAAUAGGCAGGAAAAUUGUACUUAAGCAAUAAGUAACAGUGGUAGGCAUUUGUAAUAUGUAAUUCCGUAGAAGGCGGAAACGAACUGAUAAUAAUAAAAACAUGAUCUUAUCUA